AUAGAUGUUCCCGCGAAACCUGACUUAAUGGCGCAUUCAAAUAAAAACAAAGCAGGUCCUGUAACAGUAACAAUUUUAUUUGAAUCCAGAAGUUUAUUUUAAAUUAAAAUGGUUUAACUACCUGAAGUGUGUAUGAAAUGUUGACGGAGAAUAUUAAGGAAGAUAUUUACGAUGUUGUAGCUUCGGAGAGAGUAUUAAUUAUUGUUGCAUUAGACGUCGAUGCAUUAUGUGGAUGCAAAAUACUUAAAUUACUUCUUCAGCAAGACAACACUCAAUAUACUGUCAUACCUGUCAGUGGUAAAGAUGAGCUAAAAACUAUAUAUAAUGAACACAAAGAUCAAAUAAAGCAUUUCUUUCUUAUUAAUUGUGGAGGAAAUAUUGAUUUGUUAGCAAUGCUGGAAGCUGAAGAAGACACAAAGUUUUAUGUUGUUGAUAGCCAUCGCCCUCUUGAUUUGAAUAAUGUAUAUCGAGAUCAAAUAAAAGUUAUAAUCAAAGACGGUGACAAUACAUUAGAUGAAAUACCUGAGGCUGAGAAAGUCAUAGAAUUUGAAGAAGAUGAAGACGAGUCAUCUGAAAAUGAAGAUGAUACUGAUCAACCUUCUUCUAAACGUCAACGAACUGGUGAUAUUUCAUACUUAGAGAAAAAGGUGAAAAAAAAGAAAUGGGCUUCUGAAAGAGAUCAAAUUUUAGAAGAAUAUUACGAAUCUUCUUAUUAUGGAUCCAGUACUGCAAUGGUUCUGUAUGAUCUUGCAUGGAAAUUAUCAAAAGACAACAACCAUCUACUUUGGCUUGCUAUUGUUGGUUUGACAGAACAAUAUUUGUUUGCAAAGAUAGACAGAGACAAGUAUUUCAGUGAUUUCAAUAGUCUGAGAGAUCAUGUGUUGCGCCACAAUAUAACUGAUGAAGAACAUACACUUUCAAUUGAUUGCAUGAAAAUUUCAUUUGAAAACGAACUCAGGUUGGAUUUGUAUCGACAUUGGUCAAUAUUUGAGAGUUUUUUUAAUUCACAGUAUACAUCAUGUUGUUUACGGUUAUUCACAAUGAAAGGAAAAAAGAAACUUCAUGAAAUGCUGGCAGAUAUAGGCGUGCCCAUAGCUCAGUGCAAACAAAAGUUUACCUCAAUGAGUAUUGAAUUUCGUACUAAUGUCAAAGAAUGGAUUGAAGAACUAGCUGCAAAAUAUAAUUUGGAUGACUUAACAUAUGGUUCUUUUGUUUCACAACAUGGUUAUAAACAUAAAUUUUGUGCUGCUGAUGUUGUCUAUGCAAUUACAGCUCUACUUGAAUACUCAAAAGGAGAUCACAGCUUUUCAGAAAACUUUAUUGAUGCGUUUGAUGCAUUAACAAGGACUAAUAUAGACAAGUUAAUUGAUGGUAUUGAAUUAGCAAAGUUGCAGGUCACAUCACUAGUUUUGCAAGUUCGUUCAUUUAUUGAUUCACAUCAAGUUGUUUGUGCUGGACCUUUUUUAUAUGCUCACAUGCUUGAGGGUGCUUCAAAUGUCCACAUGUUUUCAAAGCCUACAGUUAUUGCAAGAUUAGCUCGUUUUACAUUAGAGGCUUACAGCGUCAUGACUAAAAAUAAACGAGCUCGAAGUCUGCCUAUGAUUAUCGCUGUUCCUUAUAAUGCAACAGAAGGUACAAGCCUGUUAGUUGGAGUACCUCCUGUCAAUGAUUUAUCAAUGAAAAGCUUUUUUGGAGCAGCAUUUAAACAAGCCAGCGAGAAAACAAAAUCGAGAGUGGUUUAUAACUUUUUUGAUCCUACAGUGAUUGAAAUUAAAACUGAAGACCGUAGCAAGUUUUUUGAUAACCUUGCAGCCAUUAUGGCAUAACAUGUUAUCAAAAUUUUGUAAAUGAUCUUCCAUUAUAUACCCGAUCAGAAUAAAAAUGAUCACUACAAAGAGU